UCUCUUUGUGUGUGUGUGUGUGUGUGUGCGCGCGCGCGGGGUGUGUGUAGUGUGCGAGGAAGAGAAAGAGGAGUCGGAGAGGAGUCGUGCGCACACGCUGCCCACAAAAGACACGGAAAUAUAUUUAAAUUGUGUGUGUGUUCAUCGGUGCCGUGAGGCAAAAUUAAAAAGAGCCGCCAAGAAGUGUUGACUUGACACACAAACUGAGGCCGGAGUUAGUGUUUUUGGAUGAAUCAAGUUGUGAACUGGGUCACAACUCUGGAUUAUCCCACAAACUAUUAUUUAGUUGGCUGAACUGUUAGCUAACUAAAUAGAAAGUUUUCGGCUGGGCGCUAUGUCUGGAAGCGACGACGAAAGAGACGACUACGGAGGUCCGGAGGAGCGGUUAAUACACGAUGACGAGGAAGAGGAGAUCUCCGAGAAUGAGGCCCCGAAGGUGAAGAAGAAGAAGAAGGCCAAGAAGAGCAGAGAGAGCAAAGGCAGCAAGAGGCGAUCACGCAGAGAGGAGUUAGCCAUCAGCUCCCCAGAGCCCAUGGACUUGGGCGGGGUGGAAGAGGCGGAAGACGGCGGCCCUGCCCAUCGCUCUGACAGCGAGGGCAGCGAUUACACUCCAGGACGCAAGAAAAAGAAGAGGGCGAGCGCCGGCAAGGAAAAGAAAAGGAGCAGUGCUGGGGCAUCUAAGAAGAAAGACCCGGAGCCGGAGGAAGAUGACGACGACGAUGAUGACGACAUGUCGGAACCAAAGUCGUCAUCUCAGCUGCUGGAUGACUGGGGCAUGGAGGACAUCGACCAUGUCUUCAGUGAGGAAGACUACCGAUCUCUGACCAAUUACAAGGCCUUCAGCCAGUUUGUCAGGCCCCUCAUCGCAGCCAAGAACCCCAAGAUCGCUGUGUCCAAGAUGAUGAUGGUUCUGGGCGCCAAGUGGCGUGAGUUCAGCACCAAUAACCCCCUGAGAGGAGCUGCCGCUGCGAACGCCGCCCUGGCUACCGCCAACGUACCGGCCGCUGUGGACACCAUGGUGGCGGAGGUUGCCCCACCUGCUGCAGCUCCACCGGCCCCAGUAGCACCUCAGCAGGCCCCUCCAGCACCACUCCGCAAAGCCAAGACCAAGGAAGGCAAAGGGCCCAAUGCCCGCAAGAAGUCAAAACCUGCUCCGAAACCACAGGAGAAGAAGAACAACGGCAAGACAAAGAAAGUGGCUCCGCUCAAAAUCAAACUGGGAGGCUUCAACAGCAAGAGGAAACGCUCAUCCAGCGAGGACGACGAGCCUGAUGUCGACAGUGAUUUUGAAGACGGCAGCAUGAACAGUGUCUCCAUCUCAGAGGGAUCAAACAGUCGCAGCAGCCGCAGCAAAAAGAAGCCGUCCAAGAGCAAACCCAAGAAGAAGAAAGAAGCAGAGGAUGGCGACGGCUACGAGACGGACCACCAGGACUACUGUGAGGUUUGCCAACAGGGUGGAGAGAUCAUCCUGUGUGACACCUGUCCCAGAGCGUACCACAUGGUCUGCCUGGACCCCGACAUGGAGAAGGCACCCGAGGGCACCUGGAGCUGCCCACAUUGUGAGAAGGAAGGCAUCCAGUGGGAAGCCCGGGAGGAGGGCUCAGAUGCCGAGGAGGACAACGGCGAGGCGGGAGAGAUGGAGGAGGACGACCACCACAUGGAGUUCUGCAGGGUUUGCAAGGACGGAGGCGAGCUGCUCUGCUGCGACUCAUGCCCCUCGUCGUACCACAUCCACUGCCUCAACCCACCGCUCCCCGAGAUCCCCAACGGAGAGUGGAUCUGCCCCCGCUGCACGUGUCCACCCAUGAAGGGGAAGGUCCAGAAGAUCCUGACCUGGCGGUGGGGAGACCCUCCUCCACCCACACCGGUGCCCCGCCCUCCAGACCUCGCGCCUGAUGCCCCUGACCCCGCCCCGCUGGCCGGGCGCCCUGAGAGGGAGUUCUUCGCCAAAUGGUCCAACAUGUCGUACUGGCACUGCUCCUGGGUCACAGAGCUCCAGCUGGAGCUGCACUGCCAGGUGAUGUUCAGGAAUUACCAGAGGAAGAAUGACAUGGACGAGCCUCCACCCAUCGACUUUGGCGACGGAGAGGAGGACAAGAGCGUUAAGAGGAAGAACAAGGACCCCAUGUACGCUCAGCUGGAGGAGAAAUACCUUCGGUUUGGGAUCAAGAUGGAGUGGCUGAUGAUCCACCGCAUCCUCAAUCACAGUGUGGACAGGAAGAACAACGUCCACUACCUGAUCAAGUGGAGAGAACUGGCGUACGACCAGGCAACCUGGGAGGCCGAGGACAUGGACGUACCUGAGUUUGACCCCUACAAAGUGCAGUAUUGGAAUCACAGAGAGCUGAUGAUGGGAGAAGACGGCAAACCUGGGAAGAAGAUCAAGGUGAAAGGAAGAGUGAAGCGUCCAGACAGACCUCCUGAGAACCCAGUGGUAGAUCCGACCAUAAAGUUUGAGCGUCAGCCGGAGUACCUGGACAGCACUGGGGGGACGCUGCAUCCCUACCAGCUGGAGGGACUCAACUGGCUGCGGUUCUCCUGGGCUCAGGGCACUGACACCAUCCUGGCCGACGAGAUGGGUUUGGGAAAGACGGUCCAGACUGCCGUCUUUCUCUACUCGCUGUAUAAAGAGGGUCACUCCAAGGGACCGUUCCUGGUCAGCGCCCCGCUGUCCACCAUCAUCAACUGGGAGAGAGAGUUUGAGAUGUGGGCACCCGACAUGUAUGUGGUGACAUACGUUGGAGACAAGGACAGCAGAGCCGUCAUCAGGGAAAACGAGUUCUCCUUCGAGGACAACGCCAUCCGAGGAGGGAAGAAGGCCUCCAGGAUGAAGAAAGACUCAUCCAUCAAAUUCCACGUUCUGCUGACGUCCUACGAGCUGAUCACCAUCGACAUGGCCAUCCUGGGCUCCAUCGACUGGGCUUGUCUGGUGGUGGACGAAGCUCACAGGCUGAAGAACAACCAGUCCAAGUUUUUCAGGGUGUUGAACAACUAUCCUCUGCAGCACAAACUGCUGCUAACUGGAACUCCUCUGCAAAACAACCUGGAGGAGCUUUUCCACCUGCUCAACUUCCUCACACCUGAGAGGUUCAGCAAGUUGGAGGUCUUUCUGGAGGAGUUUGCCGACAUCGCUAAGGAGGACCAGAUCAAGAAGCUGCAUGACAUGCUGGGUCCACACAUGCUCAGGAGGCUGAAGGCUGACGUCUUCAAACACAUGCCCUCCAAGACUGAACUCAUCGUCAGAGUGGAGCUCAGCCCCAUGCAGAAGAAAUACUACAAAUUUAUUCUGACGAAAAACUUUGAGGCCCUAAACACCAAAGGAGGCGGAAAUCAGGUUUCUCUGCUCAACGUCGUCAUGGAUCUUAAGAAGUGCUGCAACCACCCCUACCUCUUCCCUGCAGCUGCAAUGGAAGCUCCAAAGAUGCCCAACGGGAUGUAUGAUGGAGCCGCUCUCACAAAGGCUGCUGGGAAACUGCUGCUACUGCAGAAGAUGAUGAGGAAGCUGAAGGAGGGCGGCCACAGAGUGCUGGUCUUCUCUCAGAUGACCAAGAUGUUGGACCUGCUGGAGGACUUCCUGGAGAAUGAGGGCUACAAAUACGAGAGGAUUGAUGGAGGAAUCACAGGAGGGAUGAGACAGGAAGCUAUUGACCGUUUCAAUGCUCCUGGCGCUCAACAGUUUGCCUUCCUGCUGUCGACGAGGGCCGGAGGUUUGGGUAUCAAUCUGGCCACCGCCGACACUGUCAUCAUCUAUGACUCCGACUGGAAUCCUCACAAUGAUAUCCAGGCCUUCAGCAGAGCUCAUCGUAUCGGUCAAAACAAGAAGGUGAUGAUCUAUCGCUUCGUCACCAAGGCAUCAGUGGAGGAGAGGAUUACUCAGGUUGCCAAGAAAAAGAUGAUGCUGACUCACCUGGUGGUGCGACCUGGUCUCGGAUCCAAGACCGGCUCCAUGUCCAAACAGGAACUGGACGACAUCCUCAAGUUUGGAACAGAGGAGCUCUUCAAGGACGAGGGAGAAGGGGAAAACAAAGAGGAGGACAGCAGCAUCAUUCACUACGACGACAAGGCCAUCGAUCGGCUGCUGGACAGGAACCAGGAUGCCACAGACGACACGGAGCUGCAGAGCAUGAACGAAUACCUGAGCUCCUUCAAAGUGGCUCAGUAUGUGGUGAAAGACGAGGAGGAGGAGGAGGAGGAAGUGCAGCGGGAGAUCAUCAAGCAGGAGGAGAGCGUGGAUCCAGACUACUGGGAGAAGCUGCUGCGUCACCAUUAUGAGCAACAGCAGGAGGAUCUGGCCCGAAACCUGGGAAAAGGCAAACGUAUCCGCAAGCAAGUCAACUACAACGACGGCUCACAAGAAGACAGAGCUGAUUGGCAGGACGACCAGUCCGACGGCCAGUCAGAUUACUCUGUGGCAUCAGAGGAGGGAGACGAGGACUUCGAUGAGAGAACAGAAGCUAACUCUCGCAGGCCGAACAGGAAGGGCCUGAGGAACGACAAAGACAAACCACUGCCCCCCCUGCUGGCCAGGGUGGGAGGCAACAUUGAGGUGUUGGGUUUCAAUUCCCGGCAGAGAAAGGCCUUCCUGAAUGCAGUGAUGCGUUAUGGGAUGCCUCCUCAAGACGCCUUCACCACCCAAUGGCUGGUUCGAGACCUGCGAGGGAAAUCUGAGAAAGAGUUCAAAGCCUACGUCUCUCUGUUCAUGCGUCACCUUUGUGAACCCGGAGCCGACGGGGCCGAGACUUUUGCUGACGGUGUCCCCAGAGAAGGGUUGUCACGGCAACACGUCCUCACCCGCAUCGGUGUUAUGUCACUUAUUCGCAAAAAGGUUCAGGAGUUCGAGCACGUCAACGGUCAGUGGUCGAUGCCCUGGAUGGCCGAGUUGGAGGAGAACAAGAGGGCUGCAGCUCAGCCCGACUCUCCGGGAAAAACCCCGUCCACCGGCACCCCCGCCGACACACAACCCAACACACCCGCUCCAGUUGACGACUCAAAGAACGAUGAGGCAGCGAAGGACGGAGAGAAGGAGGUGAAGAAGGAAGUCGAGGUGGAGAAGAAUGGCAAAGAACCAGCAAAAGCCAGCAACGAGGUGAUCGCCAUCCCAGACGACGACGAGAAGAGUCCGACAGAGGAGCAGGACAAGAAGAAGAACGGGGAGGAGCCGAUGGAGAUGGACAAACCGAGCAACGGCGAAGCAGAGGGGCUCAAAGAGAAGGAGGUCGAGAAGGAGACAGAAGGAGAAGCAGAGAAGAAGAGUGAAGAAGCAGCGGAGGAAACCAAGUCGCCUUCAGAAGCAAAGACUGAGGGGUCAGAGGUCAAACCUGAGGACUCGGAGGUCAAAGCAGAAGAAAAAGAAGAGAAGACAGAGAAAAUGGACACCACUCCUCCUGCAGAUGAAAAGAAAGAUCUAAAGGAGGAGAAAGAGGCUCAGAAGCCAGAGGAAGCGACCAAACUGCAGAACGGAGACAGCAGCAAGGAGAGCACAGCGCCGGCUGCUGCCGCCGCCACGGUGAGCGGACCGAGCGAGGAGAAGAAGAAGGCCAAGACCCGGUUCAUGUUCAACAUCGCUGACGGUGGAUUCACAGAGCUCCACUCUUUGUGGCAGAAUGAGGAACGUGCUGCCACAGUUACCAAGAAAACCAAUGAGAUCUGGCACCGUCGCCACGACUACUGGCUGCUAGCUGGCAUCAUACAGCACGGUUACGCCCGCUGGCAGGACAUCCAGAACGACGUGAAGUUCGCCAUCCUCAAUGAGCCUUUUAAAGGAGAGAUGAACAGAGGCAACUUCCUGGAAAUCAAGAACAAGUUCCUUGCCAGAAGAUUCAAGCUGUUGGAACAGGCGCUGGUGAUCGAGGAGCAGCUGCGUCGCGCCGCCUACCUCAACAUGUCGGAGGACCCCUCCCACCCCUCCAUGGCCCUCAACACCCGCUUCAGCGAGGUGGAGUGUCUGGCCGAGUCCCACCAGCACCUCAGCAAGGAGUCCAUGUCCGGGAACAAACCGGCCAACGCCGUCCUGCACAAAGUGCUGAAGCAGCUGGAGGAGCUGCUGAGUGACAUGAAGGCGGAUGUCACUCGCCUCCCGGCAACCAUCGCCCGGAUACCGCCGGUUGCCGUGCGACUCCAGAUGUCUGAGAGGAACAUCCUCAGCCGCCUGGCGAGCCGAGGACCCGACACACAGGCACAGACACAGCAGAUGUCGCAGCAGUAGACUGAAGUUCGGCUCUUUACCUCGUCAACCACCCCUGCCUCACCUCGACAUUCCUGAUUGGUGCACAGCAGAAUGACGGACAGCACGCCCAAGCUUGAAGCCACGCCCAGUUCACUUUUUAUCUCCCUUACCCCCCAAAAAAACAGACUUUACAGUUUUUCUGGAGGAUCGAAUCCCCUCCCAACACCCCCCAACCCGAGAAUGAGGCUGUGGACAGAAAAGCUAUUUUAUUUUUUUUCCUCCUUUUUUCAAUUUCUGUAUUAAUAUUAUUGAUAUAAUGUUAUUAUGAUGGUUUUUUGGGACCUAAAUAAAAAAAUGUAAUAAAGAAACUGUGUGUUUGGUCAUUUCAGGGUGAGGGGGGGGGCUACAAAAAGAUGAAUCCAAAAUGUUCUUAAAUCAUAGCUGGAGAAAUAAAACUACUGUCUAAUAUCUCCUGGUGUUCCAUACCGUCAUUAAAAACUGAUUUAACUCAAUUCAAUCUGUGGACUGAUGAUUUUAUAUUCAUGUCCUGUUUUGUUUUUAUGGAAUCAUAGGAUUGCCAUAAUAAACAAUCUGUUAAAAAAUAAGGAAAUAAAUGUGUAAAAUAUAAAGAGGAAUAAAUUAAAAAUAAAUAAAUCUAAAAAAAAUAAGGAAAUAUGUAAAAGUGAAAUAACUGAGUAAAAAGAACAGGAAGAACAGUUUUUCCUUUUAGGAAAAAGCAAUGACAAAAUGGAAAAAUGGAAAAGGAAAAAGACAAAAUUUUACUUUAUAUUUCCAUGUUUUUUUUAAAAUUCAUUCCUCUUUAUAUUUACGCAUUUAUUUCCUUUAUUUUAAACAAAUUUAUUUAUUUCAUUUAUUCCUCUUUACAGUUACACAUUUAUUUCUUUAUUUUUAAGAUUUAUUUUUUAUUCUUUUAUUUAUUCCUCUAUACAUUUAUGUCCUUAUUUUUUAACAGAUUAUUGUUUUCAAUUCUUUUAUUUAUUUCUCUUUAUAUUUGCACAUUUAUUUCCUUAUUUUUUUUUUUUUUUAAAGUUAUUUUUUUGGCCUUUUUGUCGGCUUUUUAUUAGAUAGGCGUAGUGAGAGAGAGACAGGAAACAGGGGAGAAGAGUCGGGGGAAGACACGCAGCAAAGGGCCGCGAGCGGGAAUCGAACCCGGGCCAGCUGCGUCGGGGACCAGCCCCUGUACAUGGGCCGCCCGCUCAAUGCGGCGAGCCAUACGGGCGCCCUUAUUUCCUUAUUUUUAACAAAUGUAUUUUUUAUUUAUUUAUUCCUCUUUAUAUUUACACAUUUAUUUCCUUAUUUCUUAAAAGAUGACUUCUUGGGGUAAAAGUUCCUCCAGCUCUUUGUGAUAUUUUACCACAGUAAAGCCUUGGAAAGGUUUAAAUUAGUCCAUGACAACCUCACAUCCCUUCUGAAUGUUGCAGAAAAGCGAGUCAACAAGACAGUGUUUUGCAGGUUUUUAAAAAUGCUGGCUGUACUUGACCAAUUGGUGAUACCGAGCUAUGAAAUGCCCCCAAAGUUCCUGAAUGUUGAGGAUUACUGCCCCCUGAUGGUCCCUGUGGUGAAGGUGCAGAUGCUCCAUCACAGAAACCCUGGUUUCCAAAUAUUCCUAAUAAUUGGUAGUGGAACCGUAACCAGAACAAACCUGGGACUGUCCUCACCGCUGUGCUCCUGCAUCCUUGACUUUCUGUCCAACAGGCCUCAGCUGGUCAGAAUCAGCAGCCGCCUAUCAUCUACACUGGUCCUGAGGUCGUGAAGUUUGCAGAUGACACCACUGUGGUGGAUCUUUUAUCAGACAAUGAUCAGACCUACUACAGGGAGGAGGUCCAGCCCCUGACUGAGUGGAGUUCACACAACAAACUGGUCCUGAACACCAGGAAAGCCAAGGAGGUCAUCGUGGACCUCGAGAGAUCCAGGAAGACCACCCAUGCUCCUCUCCUCAUCCGGUUCACCACUGACCUCCCAUGGACCCUGAACGCCUCUCACCUGGUUAAAAAGGGGGAAAAAAGGCCCAGCAAAGACUUUAUUUCCUCAGGAGGCUCCAUUCUCAGCUGCUGACACUUUUAUAGAACCACCAUAGAGAGCAUUCUCUGUCUCGGUAUGGUGGUUUGGCAAAACAUCUGAAGGACUUUCCUAGUGUGGUGAAGACAGCUCAGGGGACUGUGGGACAUCCUCUACUAAACCUGGACUCUGUCUAUGCUGGUCAUCUCCGGAGAAAGGCUGGCAGCACUGAUUCAACCCGUCCUGGUAACAAACUGUUUGUGCUUCUGCCCUCAGGAAGAAAGUUCAGGUCGAUAAGAACUCGAACAACCAGACUGAGGAAGAGCUUUUUCCUCAGAGCUGUAAACUCUGUACAUCCUCAUGCACUUUAAAAAGCUUGAGAUGACAUGGAACUGACAAAAGUAAACCACCAAGUUUGGCAAUUCCAAAAAUUUCUUGAGAUCUAGAACCAGCCUUCUUAUAACAAUUCCUCCCUGAUGGGUAAAACUCGACAACAAAUCAGUUUGUCAUUAUGACAACAACGAACUUACUUCGAGGUGGAUAAUGUUGGUGGUGUUGCAUCAGCAUUCCAGUAUUUUUUGUGUCAUCAUUGUGUCACCCAAAGUGAGAUCAGAGCAGUAAGUUUUGGAAGAUAUAUCUUCCAUGUAUCCUGUUUUUGAGCCAUGCUGCAUUUAUUCCUCAGUCUUGUCGUCCAUCUCAGGCUGCAGGUCACCUGAAAACUUUCAUAAACUUUGUGACGCUUCACAGUUGUGCUUUAGGAGUUCACAGUUUUUGGUUUUGUUUUUACUUGAUCUGGUGCAAAUGCUUUAUUUUUGGAACAUUUUUUAAAUGAGACAUGCAGAAAAAAUUAAAUAUCAUGAUUUCAAGUUUACAUUUGGUUAUUCUUUCCAGUAGAACAGAAGGUGGCAGAUGAGUAGUUUAAGGACCGUCUGAGAGUUGAAACAGUUUUAACAGUAUCUGGCAGAUAAAUGGGAUCACUUUGGUCACGUUUUCACAUACUUGUCAAACUUAGCAGUGGGUUUCAGCUUUCAGAGGGUCUUUCUGUUUGGUAAAUAUACUUUAAACUGUUUGUACAGAUGCCUCCUCGUGUUCUUCUAAAGGCUCCUAUGAUAAAAACAGACUUUCCAGCCAUGGCAGGCAGCCAUUUUACAAGUUAAAAGUCCUUUAUUAGCCAAAACACACAAUCUACACAGCAGACAGGCAAUAAUUAGAGCCAGCUGAUGCACAUAAUGGAGCCUUUAGCAGCUAAAGAGCCAAAUAUUAACCUUAGAAGCUGGUAGAGACCAAAAACGGAGCCAAAACAGUGACUAGGUUGGCAAAACUACGACUCCAAUGAAAGAAAAUGUAAUAACUGAAAAGGUUAAGAUAUGUGAUGAUGUUUUUUUGAGUUUAUUGAGAAUAUAUUGAGGAUAGUUAACAAAUCAGAGCUGAAACACUCCAUGUCUGUUGCAAACAUGAAUUUAUUUGAAUUCUAAGAACAUUCUCAACAUCUUAAGAACAUCCAGCAGGACAGAAGCAGCUCUGAUCCUGAAUUCCACUUCAAACUUUAACCAUUCAGUCUUAAAUGCAAUUAUUUAUCCCUCCAUGUUAAAUAAUGAGUGCUUUAAUAUCUACAGUAAACUCACAUUCUACGUUUUCAUUCAUGUAAAGAGGAACCAGAAAGAACAAAGACACAUGUUGCACAUUCAAACCACAGAAAACAAGUCAGGUCGGUUCACAACACAACAAAAAGAAACACUGCAUCUUAAGUCGAAACUGAAGCUGGGCAGACGAACAGAAAAGAAAUAUCUAAAUUAUUCCAGUCAUGUUUAUCCAGGAGGUGAAUUUUCUGCUCAAAGUGGAAUUAAAUUAGCAGCAGUAGCAGCAACGCUGACAGAAAAACAUGAGUACAGGACGGAAAAGGCUGAGGGAGGACAGAUGGAAAACACAGGAGAGAGAAAAUACAUGUUCACUGUUUCAGUCCUUUUACAGGCAGAUUAUAAUCUGUAUAAUAAAGAAAACAAACAGGAUUUCUUGUUAUAUUUGGCCAUUUAUCAUAACUGUGACCUGUGUCUGACACUAUGAGCCUAUCCAGACUUCCUAUCCGUCUGUAGGUUUGGGAUAAUUAACUGGAAUCCAUUUUGAUUGACAGUCCUUAGCCAUGUAUGCAGAUGAUAUUUAACUCUAUCAUGUGCACACACUUAAGCACACUUUCUAAAAUCUUUACUUCAUUAUAUUUUCUAUAAACCUUGCUGAUAAAACAGCUUUUCUCCAAUCUUAUACAGAUCUCUUGCAUUUUAUUUUAUUAGGAAUAAAUUUGAGAUAAAAAUCACUAAUUCCGGCUUUUACUGGGACGACUUCUCUAUAAAUGUUGUAAGAAAAAUAAACUUCCUGUUCAAACAGUUCUAACCACCUGUCUGCUGUGAAGUCAACACCUUUUAGACCAACCAACUCUAAAUUCUCCUGAACAAAUAAACGAAUACAACAAAUUUAAUUUUGGUCAUUUCAGAUACAUUUUCUACAUAGAAUUUCCAGGUAUUCUUAAGCCAAAGUGAAAUUUUUUACUGCUGCAGAGCACAAAAUUGUGUGAAGAUGACAAUUUAUCUGAUAAGUGCCACUGAUUUACUAGAUGCUGUGUUUUUUUCCAGAUAUUUAGCCUGAAAUCUGUUUAAAACCACGACACAGCAAAUGGGUCAAUAUAUAAUUGAGGGACUUUUGAAGUCCAUGGGAUAUAUCUUGCAUAUAUUUUCAUUAGGGCUGCACAGUGGUGUAGUGGUUAGCACUUUCGCCUUGCAGCUAGAAGAUCCCUGGUUUGCGUCCCGGCUUUCCCGGGAUCUUUCUGCAUGGAGUUUGCAUGUUCUCCCUGUGCAUGCGUGGGUUUUCUCCGGGUACUCCGGCUUCCUCCCACAGUCCAAAAAUAUGCUGAGGUUAAUUGAUCAUUCUAAAUUGCCCGUAGGUGUGAAUGUGAGAGUGAUUGUUUGUCUAUAUAUGUAGCCCUGUGACAGACUGGUGACCUGUCUAGGGUGUCCCCUGCCUUCACCUGAGUCAGCUGGGAUAGACUCCAGCCCCCCCCAUGACCCUAAUGAGGAUUAAGUGGUGUAUAGAUAAUGGAUGGAUGGAUAUUUUCAUUAAAAUAAAAAAAAGUAAUGUUUUUAUUUUCAUUUUGAUCAUGUCUUUACAAAUUCCAUAAUUAUUUAUUAUGGAAACAAUCACUUAUUAAUAAAAAAUUACUGGAAAUCACUAAAAUGUCAACUAAAUAACCGUCUGAAUUUAAUAACAACCACCUUCUAAUGAGCUGAACAAAAUUAAAAUGAGUUUAUUCAGAAAUAGUUUGGAUUGUGUUCUUUUUAUUAAGUUGAAAUAAUCAUGACAAAUAUUUCUUUUUUGGAAAUAUGGAAUCAAAUUUUAUAUGGAAAAUAACAGAUUGUUUCUGUGUCCUAGAAAUCACUUUCCACUAAGUUCCCCAUUACUAAACACCUCUCCAGGAAGUGUGUUAAUUCCAGAUCACAUGACCUGCUCCACAUGAUGUCAUUUCCUCCUGAAGAAAAGACUGGCCAGACUCCAAGGCUUUCUGACUUAUUUAAUGUAAAGUAGUCAACAGAUUUACUGCAGUAUCUUUAUAUAUAACUUUCAAUUUCAAUUUUACUCAGUUGUAUAUAUAAUAUUUAGAAGAAUCUUUCUCUAAAAUGCCCUGUGGCGUUUGGUUAUAGGCGGCCAUGUUGAUUUUAGGCCUGAAAACAGCAAAUAUGUCAACUAUGAUACAAAAAGUACCGCAAUUAUAAAUUGACCCAAACAGUCAAAGUCUUGUUUUAAAACUCAGAUAGCAAGAAAGUAAAGAAGUGAAGUAAAGCGACUAUUUGGUUUUAGUUUCUCCUCUAAGAACUACUGAUAAACUGACAGCAUCAGGAGGCUUCUUUCAUUUUGGACUGUUGAACAAAUGUGGGUUAAAGAUUUUUACACAAGAAAGAAAAAGUCUGUUUGGUUCACUUUUCUGCAAACUGUCCUGAUGUGAUUAAAUCCCUCAGACUCCCAGCGAACAGAAAAAUGAUCACAGCUGCUACUGAAAGUCAGGUGACCUGAACUGGAGCAGCAGAAGGAGGAGUUUGUGGAGAACAACACAGAUCAUGCACGGAGGUUUGAGAGGAAGGCAUCAUGGAGGAAGAGGAAGGAGGACCAAGAGCAGCUGAGGAGAGGCUGGAUUUGUCUCGGCAGGAUCUCGGUUCAGACUCGUCCUGUGAGUUGUGCGUUCGUCCCUGAAGAGCAGCUCAGUAGAAGAAAUACA